UUGAUUUGAUUUGAAUUGUAAGGUGAGCAAUUUAGAAGAAAUGACGUGCUCACUUUUUAUCGUUUGAAAUAAAAUGAAAAGUUGUUAUAAGUCAGCGCAACUUUAGUAAAGCGUCCGUAGUCACCGGCUAAAGUCGUGUUUACUUACGAUUUAUUUGAUAAUAUUAAUUGUGACGUGCUUCCCCGUUAUCGGGAGUCAUUCACUAUGAACCUGGGGCAAGCAGCACUCUUAUUUAUUACUGUAUUUUUCGCAAUAGUGAAUAGUGCAGUUAUUGUGGAAGAUGGUGAUAUAGAUCAACAAGGACUCUACAGUAAGUCGGACCAUGUUGAAAUAUUAACAAACCGUAACUUUGAAAAGAAAAUUUAUGGACAGAGCCAUGCUGUUGUGGCCCAAUUUUACAAUAGCUACUGCGGUCACUGUAGAGCAUUUGCACCAAAAUUUAAAGCCCUGGCCGGCGAAAUUAUUAAUUGGAAAAAUAUCCUAAGGUUAGCCGUUAUUGACUGUUCUGUUGAAGAAAACAAUGAAAUUUGUAGAGAGUUUGAAGUAAUGGCAUACCCAUCUCUACGCUAUUUACACGAAUAUUACGUUAAAGGAAAUGGUAAUGUUGGAGAAAAGAUACAGAUAACUGACACACAUGAAAAGCUUAAAGCUCAAAUAAUAACAAAGAUGCAAACUGAUCAAACAGCAGGCCACUUGAAAUCUGCACCAUCCCUUAGUAUUGAAUCUUACAUGGACUACAGAGCUGCUGUCCGAGAUGUGCCCAGUGAUAUUAACUACACAUUUUUAGUAUUAGAAAAUGCAAACUCAACAGUGGGUUCAGAGCUUGCCUUAGAUUUAAAUGGUUAUCCACAUGUUAAAGUAAAAAGGGUAUAUGACACUAGUGAAAUUGCUAGUCUGGCGAAUAUGAACCAGUUUCCAGGACUUGUUGCUUUGAGUUCUUCACUUGAGCCUACAACACUCAUCCCUAGAGACAAUAAGAAGCUAGGCCUACUCAAAGCAGUUAAUUCAUACCUAAAAUCUAAAAACUAUGUAUUCCCAGUGCGGAAUGAAGGAAGCCAAGAAAUACUCACUAAUGAGCAUUCUGAUGAAAAACAAGCGACUCUUGAUACUGAUCUCGUCUUCUACAGUGACUUGGAAAAAACUAUUAAAACUAGUUUGCACACAGAAAUUACACGAAUGAAAACCUUGACUGGUGAACCCCUACAAGCACUAUUAAACUAUCUGGAAGUUAUAAUCACCUCAUUCCCUUUUAGAGGUAAUCUAAAAGAAUACAUGACUGAGUUACAUUCUACUCUAAGCACAAAAGAUUCUUGGGCUGGUAGUGAAGUUUUUGAUCUAGUUAAACGUUUAGAAACCGUUCAUGCCCCAGUGUACACUACGAAUUUGGAAUAUGUGAGAUGCAAAGGCAGCCAACCUAAGUUCCGAGGAUACACAUGUGGACUUUGGACACUGUUCCAUACUCUUACAGUAAAUGCAGCACAGAAACCUGGCACAGAAAGUCCUAAAGUUCUGAAAGCAAUGCAUGGAUACGUUAAGAAUUUCUUUGGCUGCACAGAAUGUGCUGGACAUUUCCAAGCAAUGGCAUCAAGGAACAGAAUAUUUGAUGUUAAAGAAAAUGAUAAAGCUGUGCUUUGGCUAUGGAUAGCACAUAAUGAAGUUAAUCUAAGACUGGCCGGUGAUGUCACUGAAGAUCCCGAGCAUCCAAAGAUCCAGUUCCCGAGUGCCGGCAGGUGCCCCGAGUGCAGGCUCACCCGAGGUGCCUGGAACUUACCAGCUGUGUACCAGUAUCUCCAAAAUGUUUAUGGAGGUUCAAGCAUCCAAUCCACGCGUCGGGCAAGGUCUUCUGUGGCACCAACAAGUCCAUUCUCCAAUUUGGACAUCGGAAUGCUAAGUCUCCUGUACAUAUUGACGGUUGUUUGCUACUGAGAUUAGUGAGACGGUUGCAUAAUACAUUUGUUAUAGAUUUAGUUCCAGUGCACGUAACAGUCUAGCAACAUGAUAUGAUAACAAAAACAAUAGUGAGUUGUCACAAACAAGACCAGCACCACACUAGCGUUACAGCUUGCUUUCCUUUACAAUAAUGACGUAAUUGAAGUGCCGUAAUUACUGCAGUAGAAUCACGAUACAUAUCUGUACAUUUGAUCGAUGUUAUACCAGUAGUACUGCCGAUAAUUGAAAGGCCGUAAAACAAUGACGUUGUAGUACAUUAAAGGCUAAGUCACGGUCGCCUCUUGUUGUUUAAUGACGUAGCUACUCAUUUAUUUAAAAAGCCAAUCUUAGCGUUAAUAUUGUAUAAUUUCACUUUGAAAUCGAUUUUACGGUUUUUCGUUAGUAAGGAAUUCCUUCAGUUUAAUUUUAUUCCGACAGUUUUAUGAUCGAGAUUCUACUGUAUGUAUUUAUUAAGUGCCAGACAAAAUUGCAAGGUAUAACCGCUAGUCAGAGCGGUUUCACACUAGCGUAUUUUCCCGAAUCAGUAAUCAGUUGUUUUAGAUAGUACAGGCAGCUUUAUACGGA